AUGCCUCGCUUUCGUCUACCUUCCAUCACAAGUCCUAGCUCCAUGCGAACUGGGCCCCCUCCCUCCUCCUACAUGCCUCCUGCUGCGUCUUCCUCUCCUCCCUCUUCUUCUCCCCCUGCGUCUUCUCGUCUGCCUCCAGCUGUGGCGUCUCCACUGAGUGACGCCGGUCGACGCUCCUUCCUCCCCAACCCUCUUGUGCAUCUGGAUAUUUCCAUCGGAGGUCGAGAUGCAGGACGCAUGGUGUUUCAGUUAUUUGCCGACACACACCCCAUAACGGCCGAGAACUUCCGGUGUCUCUGCACGGGAGAGACUGGCCUCGGCUAUUGGAUGCGCCCUCGGUGGUACAAGAGCACCCCUUUCCACAGAAUCGUCCCCGGCUUUAUGUGCCAGGGAGGAGAUAUUCACCGGGGCGACGGCAGGGGCGGGGAGAGCAUCUACGGUCAGUUCUUCCGUGAUGAGCGUUUCCUCUACAAGCACUCGAAACGAGGUUUGUUGUCGAUGGCCAAGGCGCGGAGACAGCACACCAACAACAGCCAAUUUUUUAUCACAUUCGACGCAUGCCCGUGGCUAGAUGGCGAGCACGUUGUCUUCGGACAGCUCCAGUCUGGCGCAGAAGUUUUGGACCAGAUUGAAGCGCAGGGUACCCCAGGUGGCUGGAAGAAGAGACCCGUGGAAAUUUGGAAUUGCGGCGAGCUGCUUCUGAACUCACUACGCGAGGUGCCACGAGAGGCGACAGCGGCAGUCCGACACCAAGAAAUGCUUAAGGAUCUUAUCAUGGACGCUGCGGAACGGCCCGAGAAGCUGUACGAGCCGAAGGAGCAAGUCAUCCCGAUCCCCGAUGACGUGUAUAUUAAAGCUCGACGAGGCUUCUGA